AUGGUCGAUAACAUUAGCUUAAAUUAUGACAAUGAUGACACUAUUGACCCAUAUUGUAUGGGCUGUAAUCGUCUCAUUGAAGAAGGAAACGUUGUUGCCUUCGGAGAAGGUAUAUGGCAUGUUCAAUGCUUUCUGUGUGCUAAGUGUCAUAAUUUGGUCGAGCAUGAUUCUAACCUUUUAUUAUUAUCUGACGGGAAUCCAAUAUGCGAAAACUGUUCAUAUAAUUGUCAUGUUUGUAAGAAACCUAUAUUAAACGAAGCUAUUAUGACAGGAGACGAAUCGUUUCACGUCGACUGCUUUCGUUGUCGACAAUGUCAUAAACAAAUAGAAGACUUAAUAUUUGCUAAAACAAAUCAGGGAAUAUACUGCAUGUCUUGUCAUAACGAAAGAAUCAACAAAACAAAGAAAGCAAAGGAGAGAGAAAUCUCAAAUCCACCAUCAGUAUUGGAAAAGUCUUUACCAUCAUUACCGAUUGAAGCCGAAUCAGAGGUAUUUAAUUCGUUAAAAACUACAUGUAAUCACAUUAAAACCUAUUGUAAUUCACAUUUAUUUAAUUAA